AUGGAAGUGACCGGCCUUGCCGUUGGUGUUGUCGGACUCGCUGGUCUCUUCAGCGUCUGUUUGGACUCGCUUUCUCGCUUUCAAACUUACCGCGAUUCGAAUUCCGAAACCCACGUAUUGGAUACCCGUUUCCGAGCGGCUAGGGCCCGAUUUGAACAGUGGGGAGUCAGUGUUGGCAUCUCCGAUGGGCGGCUUCAGCCAGAUCAUCAUCGUGGACUUGAUAACAAAGAGACAGCGAAUUUGAUCGAGAGCAUCCUGGAAAUUAUAGCAAAGACUAUUUGUGAUGAGUCAAUUCUCCAGAGAACUCGCACCGGACCCAUACUACAGAGCGGGCAGUUUCGCGGCCUGUCGCAGUCCAGAAGCAAGCGAUUAAAAUGGGCACUCGGUGGUAAGGACAGUCGCCUUGAGCAAGUCGACGUGUUCGAGAAGCUGGUGCAGCAGCUUUAUAACCUGAUUCAACCAGAGGACAAAGGCCAAAAUUUUGAAGGAUUGGAGAGCACAGCUUGGGUAGAGGAUAUUCGUCAAAUGCUAACCAAGAUCGAGGACGGGAUCAAGUCUGGAGUGAAGCGCGACGUACUCUCAUGGCUUGGAGAAUCAUCUCCAAUUGACAAAUACGAUGAUUCAGUCAGUCAAAGAGUCGACACGACCUGUGAAUGGAUAUUUGACAGGCCUACGUUCAAAACGUGGCUUUCCCCAGUGGACCCAACCAAACCAAGCGUACUGUGGAUAAACGGGCCUGCAGGGUUUGGGAAGACCGUUUUGUGUGCUCAUAUCGUCCAUCAUCUGACUGAAUCUCUGGAUCAACCCGUAACCCAUUUCUUUUUCACAUCCGAUCAUACAAGCCGAGAAGAUCCCUUCUUUGCUCUGCGGUCGUGGCAGCGUCAGAUUGCUGCCACCAACGACGAUGCUUUCGAAUGUAUUCUUCGAGUCUGGGAAAACAGCUCUUCAGGGAAGGCUUCUAGAAAGGUUCUUUUGGAACUGUUGAAGGAUCUAGCCACUACAAUUCCAGGUUGCAUAUUCAUCGCUGACGGAUUGGAUGAGUGCUCUCAAUUGAGUAACGGAGACGUAUCAGUUGCUAGGUUCCUACGAGAUGUCAUGGGCGCCAUAACAGGUACAGAUGUCAGACUUCUUCUCGUUAGUCGUGAUGAGCCUGAGAUCAGAGAGGCUCUCAUAGAGCAUAGACAAAUUUUGUCAGAAUACAAGGUCAGCACGAAGGAUGUUCGGGCCGAUACAGCAGCCUUUUCCCAGUCUGUCGUCAAUAGGAAGCUGGGUGGUAAAAGCGAGGAUAUCCGGUUAGCCAUAUCAGAGUCCAUGACGGAUAAGUGCCAAGGGCAGUUUCUGUGGAUCAAGAUGCAAGAACAGUGUUUGCGAAGCACAAUGAGCAAGAAACGACUUCACGAAGUGGUGGAGAAUACACCUUCUGGUCUUGAUCGCCUUUAUGACCAGACCUGGAGUAGGAUUAUGAACAUGCCGCAAUGGGAUCAAGAUCGAGCUUUUUCUGUUCUGCGUUGGACUGCGUUCACAUUCCUGCCCCUGACUGUCUACGAGGUCACCGAAGCCAUCAUAAUCACUCAGUUUGAAGAACUGGAUCUGAACGAAUACCCCGAGAAUAUUGAUGAAGAGUAUGUUAGAACCGAGAUAGUCAUGAUCUGUGGCCCUCUUCUGGAAGUCCACGGCCACAUGGAGAACUCAUCACCUGGAGAUUGGACGCUUCGCAUACCGCAUUUCUCGGUGUACCAAUACCUUGUCGAACAUCUGCCAGCACCAGCCUGGAUGCAAAUAAACGGCACUUUACCAAGGAAACACGAGGAGAUCCACCAUACAGCCAUAGCGCGGGCCUGUAUACAAUAUCUCAGCUCGCCACACGUUUGGGAAGAAGACGUUCACUUUGACCCUUGUUCUAAAAGCUUCCUUGGCUAUGCCGCUUACGCUUGGAUGCAGCACGCUAAGUCAGGAUUCAUGGAACCAUCACUUCUUGAUCUUUCGAAAGCCUUUUUACUCAACGAUGGAGUCCAUUUUAACUCCUUAGUCAACUACUUUGCGACACACCAGAAGACAAGCUUGGCUGAUACCGUAUACCGGUUGCCACAGCUUCGCCCAUUUGAAUAUGUGUUUUACGGAGGAUGGAUUAGCAUGGCAGAGUAUCUUAUGGAUGACUCAGAUGUCAAUGAAAUUGGUGCUCACGGGCGAUCACCUAUCUUUUCGGCGUGCCGUUCCGGCUCAGUAGAGUCAGUCCACAUGCUCAUUGAACAUGGUGCUGACUUGAACAUCACUGAUUCUUAUGGCCGGACCUGCCUUCACAUAGCAGCCCAGUAUGGGUAUGAAGACAUUGUUAGGAUUUUGGUAAAGUCAAAAGUCUACGUAUCAACAAGGGAUCAUCGGGGCUAUACGCCGAUGCAUUUUGCCUCAGUGUGGGGACACAUCAAGUGUUACCAGUAUUUGCUGGAGCAGGGAGCCGAUGUCAACAUAAAGAGUGAGCGGGGUUCCAACGUUGUGCAUACCGCCUGUCUUUACGCUGGUCGGGCUGAGCUACUUAGAUUCAUCCUUCGGAAUGCGCCUAACGAUUUUGCAACGAAACAUGAUUACGCAUAUUGUUCGCCACUCGAUCUUGUAAGUAGGUCUGGGGAUGUCGAUAUGGCCAAAGUUCUUUUCGAGCAUGGGGCAAUUUCUUCCUUGUUCAUUCCCAACGACCACGGUGAGCUACCGCUUCUUGUCGCAGUGUCUCAUGGUCAUGUCGAACUUGUGAAGCUGUUCCUGGAGCACGGUGGAGAUAGGACCUUGUCUAUUCCAAGUACAAAUGGUGUAACGGCACUCCAUUUUGCCUGUUCUGAAGAAGGGUACGAUGACGUCAUUGGUCUCCUUCUUCGUCCAGGGGUCGAACAAUCGCUACUGAUGGGAAUACAAGAGGGAAACACACCACUGCACGUGGCCUCUGUAGCAGGACACGACAGUUACGUAAAGUUGAUACUUCGAUAUCUAGAGCCUGAGCAUCAACGUCUCCUAGAAAUCAGGAACAAAAAGCUCCAGACGCCUUUACAUUUUGCAGCAUUCAACGGGCACAGCAAGAUCUCAAGAACACUACUAGGAUAUGGAGCAGAUCCUAAUGCCCUUGACUGUCACAAAAUUAGUCCAUUAUGGGUAGCAUCAUCUAAAGGUAAUAGCGAGGUUGUUGACGAACUACUCUCGCACGGGGCAGGAAAGACCAUUACAACUCCAAAUAAAAAUGGCAAAACACCAUCAUAUUCCGCUGCCGCUGGCAACCACGUCGAAGUGGUCAAGAUCCUCCUGGGGAUCCCUGGCAUCUCCGUUAAUCAACAGACCACGUAUGGAUUCACGCCUCUCUUCAUUGCUUCAAGAAACGGAUAUCACGACGUUGUAGAGUUACUCCUUGCAGCGGAUUCGAUUGACAAAGACAGUGAGAACUGGCUAGGGCUGACUCCCUUAUUCGCGGCUAUAGCGAAUGGUCAUCUGGAAGUUACAAAACUGCUGCUCUCCAAGGGAGCGUCUGUACAAUCCCGGGUCAGCAUUGGUCAGAACUUGCUCUGGUGGGGUCAACGUUCAAACGAGCCGGGCUUGGUACAGCUAUUGGAAGCACGCGAAGAUAUCACAAAUGCCUCUAAUUGGAAAAAUACUCCUCUGCCUGGACCAUUCACCAGUCUAAAGCCACUCUCACAGAACGCGGAGACUGUAGCCUGUACGCCGGGCAUGCUGUGCUGUCAUGUUUGUACUUUGACCGUACAGAAGGAUCAGAAUUUUGAUUGCUACGAAUGCGAGGAUUGCUAUAUGUUUCUCUGCUCAGAAUGCUACAGUCGAGGGUUUCGCCUUUGUCCGAGGUCGCAUAUUUUGGUUUCAUGCAAUCGAGCAGGGGAAACAGUCCCGUUGAUUUCUGAAGUGAGUAGUUCGCAAUUUACUGCUGACUGA